ACUUAAAAAGAAAAAUCAAUCUAAACAACCUGUCCUCUAUAUAAAAGCACAAUAGGCUAUUGCCACUGUGUCACCACUUUUCUUACUAAUACUCAAAUCUUUGCCUUUAUUCUUCCUCCUCCUCCUUCAUCUCCCAAACAAAUUUAGAUAAUGGAACAAAGUAUUUUUAACAGUAGAUAUUCAUGGCUUCUUCUUCUCGUCCUUAUUUUGAUUUCCUUUUCAGGAUCAGUUGAUGCUUACAAGAAUUACACAGUGGGUGAUUCUUUGGGUUGGUUUGAUAAACUUGAGAAGCCUAAGAUUAACUAUGACAAAUGGGUUGCUGACAAAAAAUUCAGCCUUGGUGAUUUUCUGAUUUUUAAUACGGAUAAUAACCAUUCAGUCAUUCAGACUUACAACUUUACCACGUACAAGAGCUGUGACUACGACAAUGCUUUAGACAACGACACCGUGCAAUGGUCAUCGGCAGAUUCAUCUUCAACUUCAACUUUUCCCGUUUCAAUGGCAGUGCCUCUUCGAAAAGUUGGAACUACUUAUUUUUUCUCCAGCGACUACGACGGCGAGCAGUGCCAAAAUGGCCAACAUUUUAAAAUAAACGUGAUGUACGGUCAAGGGUUGCCUCGAAGCCUCAGGGAUCCGUCGGAUGAUGACUCACUAGCUCCGAUUAGUCCAAUUUCUGGUGAUGAAGAAUCGGCACCUGAUACAUUAGUUCCUUCUUCUUUUGAUCAUCCUCGUGAUGUGAGUACUGAUGAUAGUCCUGAACCUUCAAAUUCGAUUUCACUAUCUAUAUUUUCUCAGUGUUUAGGCAUUCAAUUAAAUUGGAUAUCCGUUGUGUUUGCGCUAGCUUUUGGUAUUUGUUGAUUAUAGGACUUCAAUUUUAAUUGUUGGUUUUUAUUUAUCCUUCGAAUUCAUGCCUAUAGUACAUAGCUACAGCAAUAUUGGAGGUUUUGGCAUUAUACUGAUUGUGUAAUAUUACCGUUUCUUUCUUUC